ACAGUAGCAGUAGAAGCAGCAGCAGCAGCAGCAGCAAUAGUAGUAGUAGCAGUUGAAGUAGUAGUAGUAGUAGUAGAAGUAGCAGUAGUAGUGGCAGCACUUGUAGUAAUACGUAGCAGCCAUAAUAGCAUUAAAAGUAGUAUGACUAUAUUGAUGACUGGUGUAAAUGACCUCAGAGAUAGAUAUGCCUAUCGGGUUUUAUAAACUGUGCUGACCCUGUGUGUUUCUGUCUCUCUGCAGGAGUGGAUCUCUGAGGAUACGCUGACGUAAAAAAAGAGCUAAAGGCUAACGGUCGACCCUCAAAGCUACCCGACGGCCGUGGAUGUGCUGCACGCCCCCGCGUCGAACCGUACGUCCUGAACUCCGAGCGUAGAGGAAGCCUUCGCAGUCCCGGGAGAGAAAGCUUGUGAUUGGCUGUCGGGCAGACAUGGGCAGGAAGUGGGCGUCGGGCGUCGGCCCCUGGCUGACGAUGCUCCUCGUUCACCUGACGUCCGCGCUGGAAGUGCCGCUGGAUCCUAAAGUACUGGAAGGAUUGCCACAGCCCCCCACCAUAACGCUGCAGUCGCCCAAAGAUUACAUCUUCGACCCCCGGGAAAACAUCGUCAUCAUCUGUGAGGCCAAGGGGAAGCCUCACCCAAGCUUCUCCUGGACCAGGAACGGUUCUCACUUCGACGUGGACGUGGACUCCAAGGUGCUGAUGAAGCCCGGCUCGGGGACGCUGGUCAUCGACAUCAGUGGAGAGAAGGCGGAGGCCUACGAGGCCACCUAUCAGUGCCUGGCUCACAACGAGCACGGCACCGCCCUGUCCAAUGACAUCGUCGUGCGGCAGUCCAGGUCCCCCUUGUGGUCGAAGGAGAGAACUGAAGCCAUCACCGUGCAGGCGGGAGUCUCCCUGGUGCUUCACUGCCGGCCCCCUGCCGGCCUGCCGCCGCCACUCAUAUUCUGGAUGGACAACAUCUUACAGAAGCUCCCGCUGAGCGACCGCGUGUUCCAGGCAUUGAACGGCGACCUGUACUUCUCCAACGUUGUGCCGUCGGACACGAGGAACGACUACAUCUGCUUCGCCCGCUUCCCCCACACACAGACCAUCCAGCAGAAACAGCCCAUCUCCAUCACCGUGCUGGAGAACUCCCAGUCUGCAGAGCGGGCCCCUGGCUUCAUGGCCCCCGUGGGGGCCAGCAGCACCCAGAUGGUUCUCCGAGGACAGGAGCUGGAGCUGGAGUGCAUCCCAGAGGGACUGCCCACGCCGGAGAUCUCGUGGCGCAAGGAGGGCGGCGAGUUGCCUAGCAACAGGAUGUCCAUCGUGGGCUACCAGCGGACCCUGAGGAUCUCGAGCGUGGUGGAGUCGGACGCGGGCGACUACCGCUGCACCGCCAAGAACAAGCUGGGCAGCGCCGAGCACAGCAUCAAGGUCACCGUCCAAGCCUCUCCGUUCUGGAUCAGCGCUCCCAGGAACCUCAUCCUGGCCCCCAACGAGACGGGAAUCCUCAAUUGUCGAGUCAGCGGAGACCCCAAGCCCAAGAUCACCUGGUCCAUCAACGGCAUGCCCGUCGACAACGCCCCGCUGGACCCCAGCAGGAAGGUGGAGGAGGACACAGUGAUCCUGAACCACGUCCAGUCGGGCUCCAGCGCCGUCUACCAGUGCAACGCAUCCAACGAGUUUGGAUACCUGCUGGCCAACGCCUUCGUCAGUGUCCUCGCGGAGCCACCUCGCGUCCUGACUCCGCCCAACAACGUGUACCAGGUCAUCACCAACAACAUGGCACUGUUGGACUGCGCCUCUUUCGGAUCCCCCAUGCCCACCAUCACAUGGUUCAAGGGCAGCACCACGGCCAUCCAGAACGUGGACCCCUACGUGAUCCACGAGAACGGCACCCUGGAGAUCCACACGGCCCAGCCCGUCAACAGCGGCCGCUACACCUGCAUCGCCACCAACGCCCUGGGCAUCAAGGAGAACCACGUCAAGCUGGAGGUCAAAGAGCCGACCCGUAUCCUGAGGCUGCCCGAGUACAAGGUGGUGGAGAGGAACAUGGACGCCGUGUUCGAGUGCCGCGUCAAACACGACCCGUCGCUGGUGCCCACCGUGACCUGGCUGAAGGACAACAAGGCCCUGCCCCUGGGAGACAACCGGUUUGUGGUGGAAAAGGACAGCCUGACCAUCAGAGAUGUGUCAGAGGAAGACAAGGGCACCUACACCUGCAUCAUGAACACCAGCCUGGACCAGGACUCCGCCAGUGCGAUGCUCACCGUCGUGGAGGCCACGCCUCCUCCUCCUAUUGUCUACGAGCAACCGGACCCCCCCUCCGACCUUGAGCUGACGGACCAGAUGGACCGGAGCGUUCAGCUCACCUGGAUCCCCGGGGACGAACACAACAGCCCCACCCAGAAGUUCGUGAUCCAGUACGAGGACCUUCUCCACCAGCCCGAUGUUUGGGUGAACCUGACGGAGGUGGCGGGCUCCGGCACCACGGCGCGCCUGCAGCUCUCCCCCUACGUGUACUACUCCUUCAGGAUCCUGGCCCAGAACCACGUGGGCUUCAGCCAGCCCAGCCACCCCUCGCGCCAGUACCGCACCAACCCCGCCGCACCCGAUGUUAAUCCGUCAGAUGUACAGGCAUCCGGGACAGACCAUAAUAACCUGGUCAUUUCAUGGAAGCCGCUCACCGGCCUCCAGGCCAACGGCCCCGCGCUGCGCUACAAGAUCCUGUGGCGACAGAAGGACGCGGACCAGGAGUGGGUGGAGGAGACGGUGGCCAACGCGUCGCGGCACGUGGUGACGGACACCCCCACCUACGCGCCCUACGAGGUCAAGGUGCAGGCCGUGAACGACUACGGCAGCGGGCCGGAGCCCCAGCUGGUGCUGGGCUACUCUGGGGAGGACUUACCCUCGUCCGCUCCUGAGGGGGUGCAGGUCAUGGUUCAUAACAGCACCCUGGCGGAGGUGCACUGGGAGCCCAUCUCCUCUUCCACGGUGCGGGGAAAGCUGCAGGGAUACAAGGUGUACUACAAGCGCGAGCGGGGCGUGCACGAGACGGAGGCGGAGGCCCCGGAGGGCGCGGCCCCCCAGACGGUGACGUUCGGCGGGGACCUCAGCGAGGGCCGUCUGCCCGGGCUCCGGCCCUACAGCGUCUACGACCUCCACGUCAGCGUGCUCAACGGCAAGGGCGAGGGGCCCCCCAGCCCCAGCAGGAGCUUCAGCACCCCCGAAGGAGUGCCAGAGCAGCCUGGCUUCCUUGAGAUCUCCAACCCCAACGUGGACUCCCUCACCUUGGAGUGGGGCCCGCCACUCAACCACAACGGCCGUCUCACCGGCUACACCCUCAAGUACCAACCCGUCAACAGCACCAGCGAGCUUGGCCCCGCGAAGCUCAUGACCAUAGCUGCAAACCAGACCUCCGUCACCCUGGUCAACCUCAAGUCCAGCACGCUCUACAAGUUCUACUUCUACGCCACGACGAUCAAGGGCUCUGGGCCCAGCAUCACGAAAGAGGCCUUCACCGUCAUGGACACGGCUCCCUUGCUGCCCACUGUUGAACCGGGCCAAGGCCCCACCGAGCCCCCACUGCCGACCCCCUCCCCCUUCACCCCGACAACACGCCCCCCCGUCCUCAAGGCGCGUCCACCGGGGCCUGUGUUCGGCCCGCUCAACGCCACGGCGUCCGAGGACGGCGCCAUGCUCAAUUGGGAGUACUUUGGACAACCUAGGAAUAUAUUUGUGGAGUACACUGUGGAACACAGUAAAGAGGAGUGGAAAAGGGAGGCGGUCAAUAGCUCCGCCCAUUCGUUCACGAUAAAGGGCUUGAAGCCGGGGGCGUCCUAUAAGGUGCGUGUGGUAGCUAGGGACCCGGUGACGGACUCCAUGGUCCACAGCACGGAGGAGGAGCUAGUCUCGGUACCAGCUGUGGCCAACCGGCAGGUGGACAUUGCCACGCAGGGCUGGUUCAUCGGGCUGAUGUGCGCCAUCGCCCUGCUCAUCCUCGUCCUCCUCAUCGUCUGCUUCAUCAAGAGGAACAAGGGAGGGAAAUACCCAGUGAAAGAGAAAGAGGAGGCUCACCAAGACCCCGAGAUCCAGCCCAUGAAGGAGGACGAUGGCACGUUUGGAGAGUACAGGUCAAUAGAAAGCGACACGGAGGACAACAAGCCGCUGAAGGGCAGCCGCACGGCGUCCAACGGGACGGUGCGGCGCGACGAGAGCGACGACAGCCUGGUGGACUACGGCGAGGGCGGCGACGGGCAGUUCAACGAGGACGGCUCCUUCAUCGGCCAGUACAGCGGCAAGAAGGAGAAGGACACGCACGAGGGCAACGAGAGCUCAGAGGCGCCGUCGCCCGUCAACGCCAUGAACUCCUUCAUCUAGCCCGGGGAGGGAAAAAGGCGGGAAAACGUGAGGGGGGAGGGGGGGGGGGCUGUUGGAAGGAGGGGGUGCUGGUUAGCAAGGGGGGGGGGGGGGGGGGGGGGGUGCCUGGAGCUUCGCCAUCGGAGGGUUGACUUUCUCCGCCGUCGGCCCGCGACUUGUUUUGCGGCGAGAAUGGUUGGCGUCGCCAUCGUCGUCGAAACCGGGCGGGUUCUAUAGUUUCCUUUUCGUGUGAUGACCAGUUUCAGCUCGUGGCAGUCGCUGUGGUGUGAACUCACCCCCCGCUCAAGUCCUCCCCCAGUGCACCUCCACCUCCACCCCCACCACCACCCCCACCACCACCUCCCCCACCCCCGGGCUCCCACCCCGCCCGCCGUUUUCGCUCCCCUACGCCGGUUGCUUCCAGGAGGCGGCGAGGAGCUACCGCAACCGAUUUGCGACCGUGGACUCGGCUACCCGUCGCUAUGCUAUUCAAUCCAACCUACCCCCCUCCCCCCACCACCCCCUGCUCUCUCGCUCUUCCCAUCACCCCUGGCAACCCCCCCCCCCCCCCCACCCACACUCCUCCUCCACAAUGCGUGACUCAGACCCCCCACCCCUUCACAUGAGCGGUCAAAGUAGAGAUGGAGAGGAGUGGCUGUUUGGUACAAACUCUUGCCUCGCAAAGACCGAGCCUCAGAGGACCGAGAGAUGAAAAAGGCGGAAAGCAAUAUGGGAAAAAAAAAAGCAGUUGGAAUGUAGCAGAGGGCGUCCCCACCGAUCGACCAAUCAGACAAGCCGAGCACGAGUAGUCGGAAUUACGUUAAUGUAUUGCUGUGUGGGUGUCUGUGCAGUUUGACUGCAUUUGGAAAAAAAAUCAUGAAUAUAUAUAUAUAUAUAUAUAAAACAUGAUGUAUCUCAAUAUCCCAGAAUUAAGUGAAUUAUGUGACCCUCCAGCCAGUUCAAUCAUAGUCCACCACCCCCUCAUGGCCCACUGCAUGGACUUUUUCAUCGUCACCUUUGUACUACACAUUUGUUCGCAAAGAGAAAAAACUGAAACUUGUGUCAAUUGUUGAGAGAUUUUAUGGCAUCCUAAGACUGUACGACUAAGUGCACGUCUACCAGCAACUCUUUAUUGCCUUUCUCGUAGUUAUUUUCUUUCUUUGAAUGGUCAAAAGUAUUAUACAAGGUACUGUAAAGGCAAAGAAUUGGCAGUAGCAUCUUUGUAAACAUUUCUCAAAAAGGUAACUCAAAAGAGGAAUUAGCAUCGCGCGUCUUUCAACGUUGAGACGUUUUUUUGUACACACAUUUCUUUAAAUGUAGUAGAAGAGGUGUGUAUAUGGACUAAUGGAGAUCAGGAAUAUGCAUUUUAACACAACUUCACCCCUGGGUGUAACAGUUUAACCCCCAACCCUGUUCUCUGUUGUCACUCGAAGCAGCCAAACGACACAAGUUUUAAGCUAGGCUUCGUCAAACAUAUCCUUUUUUUGGAUCCCACCUUUUUCUCGCAAUGUCUUUCUUUCAACCAGAUAUCUACUUCUCGUCGCUUUCUGUUUGGCUAGCCUACAUCUAGAGCCCGAAUCAUUGCCAAUUUGCGAUUCUUUCUCCUUUAAAUAAUUGUGUGAAUAGCAGCAAACAUUUUAACGGCUAACAAAUGGCCGCCACUUGUUAGCCAACACACAGUUGGCUAACAAAUGGUCGCCAACUGUGUGUUCUGUGUGUGACGCCGGAUGGAAACUAAAGGGUGACGUUAGUCGACGACACCCAAAACAGGUUGGGUUCGCGGCGUGAGCGAGAAGCAGCAAACAGGGUACGCGUCAGGUGCAUACAGUAUAGCUUCCUGAAAUUCAGGCGGGUCUGUUCUACAGAACCUCUAGGCAAGGUUUUCUAGUGCCUUCGUAAAUAGAGAACAUCGAGAUCAAUCCAUUAAGCGUUGAACUCCUCAUACACAAGGCAACCUGGACAUCAUCAUCGCAGUUACAUAUCACAGAGCCACGCAUCCAAACAAUAUCGGCCUCAUCCGCUGUAAAGUAAACCAGAAAGGCUAUAUCAAUUGUUCGUAAACCCUUUGUUGAUCCCUUGCAGGAUUUCAGGGAGAGUUCAAAACGAAUUUACAGAACAUAUGAGCUAAUGCUUAUUCAAAUGAACUUCAUGGACAUUAAUGGACGUCUUUAAAUGAUGUAUGAGGGACACCACAUUAGUUUAUGGACCUUGCAUAGCCUUUCAACAGUUUUCAGUUUUUAAAUUACAGCGUUCUUACUAAUGUCAAUAAGUAGGAGAUUAUGAUUAUGUCAAAGCUUUGCAAUGGUGGUGGUUGCAUAAAUUAAGACCCAAUACUGAGUAGGUACCCAGUAAUAAUAUUCUCACAGCAAAGCUACUCUAGGUACACAUCAUUAUCGGAAACAUCUCUGAUUGUGAUUAAAAGAAAUGAAAGAAAGCGUGUUGGUGAAACAUGAUUUAUAAAAAAAACAUUAACUCGGGGCUAAGGUUUGUGUCUUCAAAGUAUAUCCCAUACUCCUUCUCCAUCUGGACUGAAAUACUGCCACCCUCUCUUCACCAGGUAACUGCCAAACGGAACAGGAACUCAAACAGACAGACUGGUACAGCAGCCAAUCAGAUUGGAGCUUUAGUGGGAAGCACUUAAGAGCUGAAGAGAGCAGAGGGCUUGUGUAUUAACGAUGGAAUGCUAACUGAAUGUGGAAACAAAGUUGUUUUUAAUCUAUUUAUACGAAUGAGAAUGUGGCUUGGUGAUGUGCCCCGGUGACUAUAGGUUCAUGCAUUUAACCCUGUAUAUCUGUGUGUGUUGUCACUUGUUUUGCUGUCGUCGACUCAAAGCAUAACUGAAACUGUACACACUAAGCACUCAGUGAGUUUUAUAUAUAAAUGAAUAAAAAGUGUGCGAGCGAGAGACUGACUGAACGUGUGCAUGGUUGAGUGUAUAUGUGUGUAUGUGUGUGUGUGUAUGUGUGUAAUUGUAGCACAUGCAUGCUAAAGGUGUCAAAGCGUGCGUUAAGUAUUUUUUUUUCGUAUUUUGUUUUGCUCUAUUUCCAAUGGAUAAAACCACGUCUAAUACAACGGGGAUGUCAAGCAGUCAGGCCAAAAAACUCAGAUAUUCCGCCAUCUUAUCUGUCACAAAACGACAAUUGAUUUAGAGAGGAGUUUCACAUUUUCCAUGAUUUUUUCGGUUUUCAUAACUUGCAUCAAGUUUUUAAAUUGCAGCGUGUCAGCUUUGUAUGUGUGUGUGUGUCUGUGUGUGUGUGUGUGUGUGUGUGUGUGUGUGUGUGUGUGCGUCUGUCUGAUUGUGUGCGUAGAUAAUUGGUUGUAAAUAAUGGCUUGAAUUGAGGGUAGAUAAGUUUGACCUAAGAGUCACUGAGAGUGGAGAGGUCAGAGGUGAGAAUGUACAGCUUUGACUUCGAAAAAAGAUAUGCAGAUAAUUUUUCUUUCGAGAGGAAGGAAAAAGGAAGUGAUGACAUUUGCGUGACAUGACACAGAUUGUUUUCAACAUUUGAUUUGCUGUGAUUUCUCUGAACUUUAUUUUCCUUUCGUUUCUCUGUUUUUCGAUGAACCUGUCAGGAAUCUUUGCUAGCUCAGAUUUGUUUUGGUUUUUUGGGUUAACAAAAUGUAGACUUGAGAUUUUACUUGAGAAUGUGACACCUGUGUUGUGCCAUUUCUCUCUGACAGUUCAUGCACCCUUUCUGUAUGGGCAUUCUUAAAUAUGAUGUAUCUUUUUGAAACACGUUCAACCAUCAAUACUAUAGCUCAAUGAGAGUAUUCACUGUUCCAAUUUAAAGGCUGAAUAAAUGAAUAACCAACAACAAGUGCAAAUUGUCAUUUAGACUUCUAGAUACAUAUGUGUUGGGCACAAUUCAUUUCUUUAAGAGUGAGACUUCAAUUAAAUGAAAUUAAAUAUAAAAACGAAUCAAUGCAAAAACGGUCAAAUACAUAGGUAGGUAGUUCAAUAUAGAUCGUAUAGAUGGUUGGGUUUGGCGUCACAUGCACGGAAAUAUGAACAGACAAACUUGAGGGUGGAUUAGCCCCAGUACCCAAAAUAUUUUAGUCACCGGUGAAGACUAAUAAUAUAUGAUAUAGUAUAACAUUCUGGUCAAUGUUGAAAUUACAUGAGGCAUGAAAGGCUGUCCAAAAUGGUUUACUGAACAAUAUAUUGCAAUUAUUUUGUAUUAUAAAUUAAGUUAAAAAUAAAGGAAUAAAUGUUGGUUUCACGA